AUGAACAACACCAACACCGCCUUCGUCAAUCCUGCCGGAGACGGUGGUAAUAAAGAAAACGACCCUCACCUCCCCGCCGUUCCCCCUCGCCCUAGCAGACGUAAUCGUCCCCAGCAACCCGUGGCAUCAGCCGGGUAUCGACUUGGUCCACGAAUCAAAUUGACCAAGGAGGAUCUCGACUUUGCCAUAUACGAAGACGGGACGGCGCAAGAUAUCCCAGAACCUCGCCGUGAGUACUAUGGCAGCAACCUCCCGGCCCUCCCCGACAUCACUAACGGGCAAAUGUACAACUACGCCCUCACCCACGUCCUGAAGCGCGACUACAACGAGCUCAUGUACGUAGCGCUCAGAACCGGGGACAAAGUCGCCAUGGACGUAUUGAUAGCCAACGAAAUAAGCUACGAUAGUAGGAGAGGCUUUACGAGGUUCCUGAGGUGGAUGGUGCCGCUUGUGAGGGAGGCUGGGGAUAGCGAGGGUAACGCGGUCAUGAUGGCCAUGGAUGAGGUCAAUACCCAGAUCAUCAUGGAGCGGUUUGAAGAGUUGGGCCUUCCGAACUUGACCAUCGAAAAGGCCAAUUUGAGCGUCUUUUUCACUCCCUGUGGAGAAGAUAGGCACGUCAUUUAUAGGUGUGACUUUACGGUGGAAGAGCAGCGCCUUAUUGAUCUGCUCUGGUCGGAGCAUUGGGGCCUUGGAUAG